AACUAUCUGAUACCUGAGAAGCUUCUAGGCUGAAGUCUGGCAUAAUGAAGGCCUUCAUUGCUUCAGGAUUGCUGCUGCUCAUAUUUGGGAUGUGGAGAUGUACUGGGAUAGAGCCAGUAUCCAUGGAAUGCAAUUACUUUACAUUCCGUGUUAUAGCUAAAAGGGCACUGUUUUAUCCAGAUGAUCUCAUUGGCCCUGAUGAAUUAUUCUUAGGGCCAAGCUGCCCAGUAACUUCCAUAAGACCAGAUGAACUUGAGUUUUAUUAUGAUAUCGGUUCCUGUGGGAGUUUCAUACAGCACGCAUUUGAUGGAACCAUUGUUAAUACCUGGCUCACCUAUAUGCCCAGGAAUAUAUCUAUUUAUGCUGAGCUUCAGCUUCAGUGUGUCAUUCGCAGAAUUUCGCAAGAUGAACUUGAUAACAAGCAAUCACCUGACGAGUGCCUUGUGGAAAGUGAAAUUAAUGUGGGUAACCUAGAAUGCCACCCUCCUUCUCAAUGCUGGUUCCUGGUACUGAGGAGGUACUGCAUGGUUUGUGGCCGUUUCCACUUCCCAGAUAACUGGUUAAUACCUUAUCAUGGGUGGAAGAAUGAGUCCUUUCAAAGACAUUUACCAUCCAUUAUUUCAUCGUUGACUUGCCACAGCAACAUAACAUUUAAGAAUUUGACAUGGACAUUGAUAUUUAUAUGUUUGCAUGUUUUAAUUUUAUUUUAAUAUACUCUAACCCUUUUGUAAUACCUAUCAAAAUAACUAUCAGUGUUUUUAACCUUUACUGUAACCAAAACCUAUAAAUAAAACAUUUUAUUGUA